AUGGCACAGGCUCUCUAUGAUUUCAUCAGCUCAGUGAGAAUGGCAGACUCGAUAGAGCAAGAGAAAUUCUUAAUUGCAACAGAACAAGCACAAAUUCGUGCUUCUAUUCGCAAAUGCGAUCCAGAUUCGAGGCCGGUCAUCGUUUCUAAGCUUAUUUUCUUAGAUAUAAUGGGUGAAAACCCUACGUGGGGCCAAGUUGAAAUCAUUAACUUGAUGAGUGACGAAAGAUUUUCUUACAAAAGAAUUGGUUACAUCGGAGCUCAAAUAUUACUUGACGAAAGCGGUGAAUUAUCAGUACUUGUUACUCAGACAUUACUCAAAGAUCUUACAAAUCCAAAUCCGUACAUUCAAUGCCUUGCUUUAACCUACAUUUCAAAUCUUGGCUCAGAAGAAAUUUGCCGUUCUGUGGUAACUGAAACCGAAAAAUUGCUGAGAUCGCCAAACAGAGAUGUCCAGAAGAGAGCUGGUAUGGCAAUGGUUCGAGUUUGUACUAAAAAUCCUGAAUUAUGUGAUACAUUCAAAAAUUCCGUUCAAGCUUUACUUAAUAACGGCGACCAUGGCGUUGUCAUCUCAGGCAUGAACUUAGUUAUUGCUAUGAUCAAAGCAGAACCAAAAUUAGCAAAAUCUUGGGCUUCUUUCCAUGUUCCAUUCACAAAAAUCCUCAGAAACCUCGUAGAAUCCAGACCAAAGCGAGAAUACUCAUCAGGAAUCUACAAUGACCCAUUUAUGCAGAUAAAAGCGAUGCAAGCACUUUCAUUACUUCAUAAAAGGUCAGAAGACCUUGAAACCAUACUCCAAUCGAUCAUAUCUUCUACGGAAUCAAGGAAAAAUACAGGCAGAGCCAUUCUUUAUCAAGCUGUUGAAACAAUUGUUUCAAUUUCAAAGAAAUCAUCAUUAAAAGGCCUCGCUUUCAAUCAAGUUGGUCGUUUAUUAUCAAUACGUGAUCCAAACAUCCUUUAUUCUGCUUUAUCUGCCUUUGCAAGGAUUUUAUACAACGAUGAAAUGGUUAUUCAACGCGGAUCAGCAGAUUCAAUGGCUCUACAACGAUACAAGACACAAAUUAUCAAUUGUUUGGACCACAAAGACCCUUCAAUUCGAAGACGCGCAUUAGACGUCAUUUCUGCGUUAAUUGAUGAGAAGAACGUGGAGACAUUGAUACCAGAAAUCCUUGGAUUCGUAAAAUACGCAGAUGCAGAGUUCAGAACUGAGUUAAUUUCGAAGAUAUUUUUGGCCACACAGAGAUUCGCUCCAAAUGUCGAAUGGAACUUCGAUACAGUACACCAGAUCCUUAUUGAUAGCGGAAACUACGUUUCUUCAGAUAUAAUUAGCUCAUUUUGCGAAUUAAUCACAAAAACUCCGCAGUUGCAAGUACAUGCAGUCAAUAAACUAUCAGAUUCAUUAAUACACUUCUCAGACAACCAAGCUCUCAGCCAAGUGGCCGCUUUCGCCAUUGGAGAAUUUUGUAUUUCGGAAAAUCAUCAUGAUAAAGUCACUUCUCUUCGCCAAAUCCUUCGUAUUCCGCAGACAACAGUUGAAACAAAGCUGUAUAUCAUGAUGGCGCUCGCAAAACUUGCUGCAAGAUUCGGAGAUGAAAGAAAUGAAGUAAUAGAAAUCCUCAAAGAGCAACUUUCAUCGAACCACCUUGAAGUCCAGCAACGCGCAGGUGAACUCGCUAAGCUGCUUUCCCUCGGACCAAUCUGCGAACAACUUUUAGCUCCAAUUGCAACAAUCGGAGACAGCGAAAUCGACGAAAAGUCAGUCAGCAUCGAUACAUCUGCCAAAGAUGAUGUUGACCUCCUCGAUCUCCUAUCAAACUCCGCUCCGGCCCCUCAAAAACAACAAGAUCUAUUGGAUUUGCUAGGAAUUUCAAAUAAACCGCCAAAUCCCUCUCAAAAUAUUCCAUCAAAUCCAAACCAAGUAAUUAAUCAGAAUAUGAAUCCAGUAUCCAAUGCAAAUGCAGUUCCUCAGCAAACACAGCCUGUAAGAAAUGCAUUUGAACUUGGUCGGAUACAUGAUGUUGUUUUCUACGGCCAAACUAUGAUAAACCAGAAGGAUAAGAGGCAGACAGCGCUCCAGAUCAUCUCUGUCUCUAGUUGCGACAAAGAUUUGAAUAAUUUCCAGAUAAAUCUCAAACCAGCCAACGCUUGGCAGGUCAAAUCAACACCUCCGUCAGCGAAUGUCUUGAGAAGAACUUCUCCUCCUGUUACUCAGACAUUUUACCUCUUCAAUCCGAACGGAUCUCAACCUUCUAUAGAAGCUGUUGUAACUUACGUGUUCGGAUCAAUGCCAGUCACUGAGAAGUUUGUAAUAAGUAGACUUCAGUAA